UUUUCUCUUCUUUGUUUAGCAUCCCAUUAUGAAAUAAGGAUGAGCAAGAACUUCACACAGCUGAAAAAUCAUUUUAAUGCGACUCACAAGAUUAACACCACUGGGUUGAAUCCUCAGACUGCAAGUUCCAAGGAAUCGUUUUUAAUCUCUGAGAAUAUUCAAUUGCAAAACGGGACUGAAAUCUACUUUGGUGUCAUUACAUUUGAUAAGGCAAAUCAAGCUUCAGCGUUGUCGAAUAUAGCACCGGCUACCUUGGUACCGGCGCCUCCAGUUCCACCUAGCCCGACCAGCCCACCAAACCACUCGACCAGCCCACCAAACUCGACCAGCCCACCAAACCAGUCGCAGCCACCGACAACAGCUCAUUCACCUCAUCGAACCACAUCUGUGCACCCUGGCUCAUCCGUGCACCCUGGCUCAUCGUCCCAACCUAAUAACUCUCUGGUGACUGAUGUUACAGCAAUUGUUCUGGUAGUUUGUUGUCUUGUUGUUGUCAUAACUCUGAUCAAUGCCAUAACCGUGUGCAUUGUGGCUACCAGAGCUCGUAAGAGAGUCUCACCCAGUUAAGACGCUUGCCAUCAGUAAAUUCAUAAGUUCCAGGAGCAGAAUUACACCAUUCAGCCCAUCAAGUCUACUCCGCCAUUCAGUCAUGGCUGACCUAUCUUGCACUCUCAAUCCCAUUCUCCUCCCCACCUCCCCAUAAGUUAGAAUUGGUCGUCCUUGACUUCAUUUUAAGUAUUCAUCACAAGCAACAAAAAUCGAUUGUUCAUUUUAUUAUUUUACAACAUUUCUCAAUAGUUAGUUUCUCAAUAAAUGAUUGUUUUUCUCAAUAAAUCUCCAACUAGUUUGAGCAGAGACGACAACAUCAAAAGCCUUCAAGCCAAUUUGUAUUAAAUAAGUAUUUUGAAGGUUUGUUAGAAUAGCCCUAAGUUUUCUAUGUGACUCCAAUUUUCUUUUGUGUUUUGGGCUGACAUAUUACAACAACUGAUUCCUUAAAUUGGGUACAAACUAUGUGUCCUAGAAUUUUCCUUGUAACACCGGGUUUAAGCCAUUACCUGCAGUUUUGGGGCCCUGAUUUGAGAACUAUAUUCUGCACUCUGUGAACAAUUCUGAGUUAAUUGCAAAAUUGGAAAUUGAUAAUAAAUGCGC